UGACAGGAUUAGACGGUGUCGUUGGAAACCACCAACCCUUGACGUGGAUGUCAUGCCGCACUCGCCGGAGUUCCUACUCCGACUCCUCCAACGCUUUCCCAGACGUCCAAACCAAAUCAAUCAAAUCCAUUCACUGUUAAUCUCCGAAGGUCACCUUCUCUAUAACCCAAACGCUGCCUAUACAAGUUUGAAAUGGAUGAGCACUCUCCUCUACAACGCUUUGACGAGAGCGUAUCUCGGUCUUGGACAAGCCCACAAGACGCUUGUCCUCUUCACCCACAUGCUUGCGCACCAAGCCCCUCCAAACAGCCACACCUUCCCUUCGAUCAUCAAAGCCGCAGCCUCUUCCUCUCCCUCUUUGGGGAAACCCCUUCACACCCAAGUCAUUAAACAUGGUGUUCUAAUUGACCCGUUUGUUCAAACAUCGUUUGUGGGCAUGUAUGCGCAACUCGGUGAAAUAUUCGACGCACGUAAGAUGUUUGAGGAAAUGUCGCAACCGUGUGUUGUUGCGUGCAAUGCGAUGCUUGAUGCUUUUGGCAAGAAUGGGGAUAUGGGGUCUGCUCUUUUGCUUUUUGAACGCAUGCCUGAGAGAGAUGUGGUUUCUUGGACGAGUGUUAUUAAUGGGUUUGGGAAGAAUGGAUGUUUUAGUGAUGCGGUUAAGUUUUUUGAGAAGAUGAUGGCGCAUGAGGAUGUGAUGGCAUGUUUGGUAAAGCCUAAUGAAGCUACAUAUGUUAGUGUGCUCUCUUCGUGUGCUAAUUUAGAUGGGGGAGGAGCUCUUUGUCGUGGAAAGCAAAUUCAUGGUUAUGCAAUUAGGAAUGAGAUUGAAUUUACUGUUUUUACAGGGACAGCAUUGAUAGAUCUUUAUGGUAAGACAGGCUGUUUGAGAAGUGCACUAAAUGUUUUCAACCAAAUGGUGUUUAAGGAGGUUUGUACUUGGAAUGCCAUGAUAUCUUCACUGGCUGCCAAUGGGAGAGAGGCAGAAGUUUUGGAUAUGUUUGAGAAGAUGAAGGUGGAAGGGCAGCGUCCUAAUGAGGUCACAUUUGUUGCUGUUCUAACGGCCUGUGCUCGUGGCAAGCUCGUGGAGAUGGGUUUGAAAUUGUUUCAAUCAAUGCUGCAUGAAUUUGGGAUUGCACCAUUAAUGGAACACUAUGGAUGCGUAGUUGAUCUCUUGGGCAGAGCAGGGCUACUUAAGGAAGCAACUGGUUUUAUAAGAAGUAUGCCUUUUGAGCCUGAUGGUUCUGUGUUGGGGGCACUUUUUGGUGCUUGUAAGAUUCAUGGAGCCAUUGAGCUAGGAAAUGCAGUGGGCGAAAGACUGCUUGAACUGCAGCCCCGGCAUUGUGGGAGAUAUGUGGCGUUAUCGAACAUCAAUGCUGGGAUGGAGAGAUGGGAUCAUGCUGCUGAUCUAAGGAAAGCAAUGGUGGUGGCUGGAAUUCAGAAAAUUCCAGCCUAUAGUUUGAUUGACUGCAUGUAAAAAGUUCGUACGUAGCACUUUUGGAGUCCCUACUGUGGUGGAAAAUUUAUAUUGACAAAGAACUCAAGGGUGGAGCAGAGUCUAUACGAGCAUUUUUAGUAGACUUAUAAUAGCUAUUAUGAGCCAUUUUUUUUAUAGAAGAAGUGCUACAGAAAAUAAAUAGUGUCACAUUAUGGUGAUAAAAUAUUG